CUGCUGAGAAGAGGCAAAAGAAGACGCGCUGUAAAUGGCCGCCUCCAUGUCGCGAAUGUGAAGAUUGACAAAGAUUACAAUUUUAUCUAACUGCUCAACUCAUCGAGAUCAUAGUCGAAUAAUAUAUCACAACGUCUUUUGCUGUCCAGACCUGCACAGCUAUUGCUGUCCGACGGCGGCCUGAUAGUCCAGUUUGGCAUCAGCUGUCACUUCCUUCCAAAUGAAGGACGGCAAGGAGAAUUCUAACACCGCCGCUGGAAGUUUUGCCACGAAUCUGGACCACACAAAGCCAUGCUGGUACUGGGACAAGAAGGAUUUGGCCCACACCCCGUCCCAGUCCGAUGGCCUUGAUCCAGCCACAGAAGCCCGGUACAGACGAGAAGGAGCCCGGUUCAUAUUCGACGUCGGAACACGUCUGGGACUACAUUAUGACACUCUGGCAACUGGAAUAACAUACUUUCAUCGUUUUUACAUGUUUCAUUCCUUCAAACAGUUUCCCAGAUAUGUGACUGGGGCUUGUUGUCUUUUCCUGGCUGGCAAAGUGGAGGAAACGCCCAAAAAGUGUAAAGACAUCAUUAAAACGGCUCGGAGUCUGCUUAAUGACGUGCAGUUUGCACAGUUUGGAGAUGAUCCAAAGGAAGAGGUCAUGGUCCUGGAAAGAAUUUUACUCCAGACAAUCAAGUUUGAUUUACAAGUUGAGCACCCCUACCAGUUUCUGCUGCGCUAUGCUAAACAGCUCAAAGGUGACAAGAACAAAGUUCAGAAGCUUGUGCAGAUGGCGUGGACCUUUGUCAAUGACAGCCUCUGCACAAUGCUGUCCCUUCAGUGGGAGCCAGAGAUCAUAGCCGUGGCGGUCAUGUAUCUCGCCGGGCGGCUGUGUAAGUUUGACAUUCAGGAGUGGACGUCUAAGCAGUCAUCUCGCCGCUGGUGGGAGCAGUUUGUACAGGAUGUGCCGGUGGAGCUGCUGGAGGACAUCUGCCACCAGAUUCUGGAUUUGUACUCUCAGGGCAAGCAGCCGAUACCCCAGCAGCCUCAGAUACCGGACAAAGAGAAACCGCCACCCCCUCCUGCCCCCCAGCCCGGCCAGUCGGGGGGGCCGAACCCACCUGCUCAACCUCCCUCCAAGAAAAACUCCCCCCAGGCCAGCCCGCCCACUAAGAUCAAACGCCAGCAUGUCUCUCCUAAAGAUGAACCUAAAGCCCCAACAGAGCAAGUUGGCUCUAAGAUACCACGCCUGGAGAGUCCCAUGCCCCCUCUCCCUGUGUCCCAACCCCCAGAACGCAAGGCUCCAUCUGUCAUCCCAGCUCCUCCCGCUGAAGCCGAACCGGCCACAUCAGCUGAAAUGGAUCCAGCGCAGGGCCCGGCUCCUCCUCUUCCCCACGGGGCCCCGCCCCCUCUACCUCACCGCCCGCCGCCCCCUCCUCCCUCCAACUACAUCAUGGGAAUGUCCACGUCCAGUUCGUACAUGUCCGGCGAGGGAUUUCAGAGCCUGCAGUCCAUGAUGAAGACUGAAGCGCCUUCCUACGCACCCAUGCCCCCAUCGUUCGGCCUCCCGUACCAUCCUCACGUCUAUCCACAUCACUACCCCCCUCCGCCCCCACGUAUGCCACCUGGGCACAAUGUGCCUCCUCCGGGGAUGGGCUUACCACCCGCUGGGUACCCACCUCCACCCGGCCAACCUCAGGUGCCACUGCCGCCCCACGCCAUGCCGCCCGUGGCAGGAAUGAACAGAGGGGCGUGGAUGAGAUGAGGGGUGAUUUAAAUCAGUCCUUCACAUCUUGGUUUAAGCCCACGAUACGUGCGCCUGUGUACAAUAUACACAGUCCGUAUCGGGUUUAUAUGUAUUCUGAUGCAGGUGUCACAGGAAGGUACAAACAUUCGAGCUGCUGAGAUCAGCACUGGUUGAAUUGGAGUGUCUGGGAGUCCAUGAAAUAACACCGACUUCUGCUUGGGUUCAGGGUUUCACGGUUCUGUAGACUUUGUUCACUGAGGCGAUUUGAAGGGAUGGUUCACCUCACAAUGAAAGACUGAUGCAUUCACUCUCCCUCGUGCUGUUCUAAACCUGAAGAGUAUUUCGAAAAAUAUCUUCAUGGAUGUUUUCCAUACAGUGGUUCACACUGGCCAUGGUCGGUCAGACUACAAAAAGGACAAUCUAAAAAUGUAACUAUACAACUUGUGAUCGACGAUUUGGUCCCUAUGCUGUUUUUGCAGUCAAUAUAGCUGUUUUCAGGUUUUUUCUUAGUUAUCAUUAUGAUUUCGGAUCUCAGGUAGUAAGGAAUGCUUCAUAUUGUUUUUUUAUUCUGGUCAAUAUGAGUUUUUUUUUUACAUAAAAAGAUCUGAUUUAUGAUAAAAAAUAAUAACAAAAAUAAAUAUCAUACAGGUUUGGCACGAGGGCGGAUGGACAGUUUUUUCUGUUUGAGGGAAACUAUCCCUUUAAAUACAUUCACAUCAUCACUUACAUUCCAAACCCAUUUCUGUGAACGAAUGAUGUUUCUUGGUUGUAUAUAUGAUUUAUUCUGUAUUACCUUUAGAAUUUUUUUUUUCUCAGCGUUACGUAUUCACUCCCCUUUGGCUUUGCUUUUUAGUUGGGGUGUUCAUUCAUAUUCAUAUUGUUUUAAUGGGGAAAAUAUCCCACAAAUCAUCCUUAGCAGUCCUUUAAUUCAGAUGCGUUUCUGGCAUCUUCAACUGACCUGAUAUCAAGUGCGUUGAUUGGACAUGUUCGUUCUAUAGUUUCCCGUAUGUGCCUUAGUUUGGUUAGUAUUUAAUCGGCAAAGGACUCGCUAUGCUCAUUGUGUUUGCCUGUUAAUUUUUUUAGGCAGAUAAUAAAAGUCUUUUUCCCCUUGUGCAUUUA